ACUGGAUCUUAAGACCUGGGCUGUGCUUACUGGCAGCUCGACAAAAACAGUAUGUUCUUUGCCUGUCUAUUCGCACAAGGUGACAGUAACAAACAAGGAGUCUCUCCAUUUAAUGUCAGGAUUACAGUAUCACCGUUUUUAUAAUACGCUCGUCACAUCAUGUAAAAUGGAUUUUAGGAAAGCGUAUUUUAAUCUUAAAACUCUGUUUUUGACAACGAUGAUGUUCAAAUGGGGAAUCUUCUGCACAGCUGCACCUGACAAAUGCCUGUCUGCACCUUGUCAAAAUGGAGCCACCUGUGUGGACACAACGGAUGAUUAUGCUUGCAUUUGUGUCAAUGAAGGAGUGAGAUACAUGGGCAAAAACUGUGACCGACUCUAUGAUGCUUGUUCCUUUGCACCAUGUGAAAACUGCCUCAGCACUCUUGGUAUGCCAGAAUACCAUUGCAUCUGCCCAAGUGGCCUAUCGGGUGAUAACUGUGCGGAGGAGAUGGACGAAUGCCUGAGUAGCCCCUGCUCUGAGCCACGUUAUUUGUGUGUAGAUCAACUCAAUGGAUACUUCUGCAGGUGUCCCGCUGGUUAUGGAGGGCCAGGAUGCCACCAACGUGUAACUGAUUGCAUUGACGAACCCUGCAUGAACAAUGGGACCUGCAUUUUUCACCCACAAGGCUUUAAAUGCCAAUGUGCACAAGGAUAUGAAGGAAAAACGUGUGAGGAAGAUAUAAAUGAUUGUUUGUCGGAGCCUUGUCAAAACGGUGCUCUCUGUAUUGAUGGAGUGGCAGAGUUCCAUUGCUUCUGUGUGCCAGGUUUUCAGGGCUACACCUGUGAAAUUGACAUCAAUGAGUGUGCAUCAAGACCAUGUGACAACAAUGCUACUUGCAUCAAUGAAAAGGACCACUAUACGUGUGAGUGCCUCAUGGGCUUUACAGGAAUCAACUGUGAAACUGAAAUUGAUGAGUGUGAAGUGGAUCCCUGCCACAAUGGAGGCACCUGCCACGACGGUAUUGGCAUUUACUCAUGUGAAUGUCUACCUGGGUUUGAAGGCAUCAGUUGUGAAGCUAACAUUGAUGAGUGUGCAAGUAAGCCAUGUAACAAUGGAGGUGGCUGUCGUGACAUGGUCAACAGUUAUGAAUGCGACUGCGGUGACACCGGAUUUGAGGGCGUCCAUUGUGAAGUGGACAUCGCUGAAUGUGCGUCUCAUCCCUGUCAACAUGGUGCUACGUGCCUGGAGGGAGUGAAAGAUUAUACUUGCGUCUGUUGGCCAGGUACCUGAACUAUAUGUCAAACACCAAACAUUUGCGCAAACACCUUCUACUUAGAUGGACAUGUACAGCAUGUACAGUGCAUUUUCAAGUCAUCCUGUGUGGCUUAAAAAUGCAAUUUGAAGGGCUCCAAAGUGAAGAAAAUCAUCCAUCAAUUUUCCAAUCCGCUUAUUCUCACAAGGCCCAUGGGGGGUGUUGGAGCCUAUCCCAGCCGUCUUCGGGCCAUAGGCGGGGAACACCCUGAAUCGGUUGCUAGCCAAUCACAGGGAACACACAGACGAACAACCAUCCAUGCUUACACACACACCUCGGGACAAUUUAGAGCAGGGGUCUCCAACUGCGGGCCUGGAUGGCUACUGUCGUGCCUGUUUUCCGUCUUUCCCAGCUGCAACACACCUGAUUUAAACAAUCAGCUCAUCAGCCAGCUCUGAAUCAGCAUUAGAACGAUCCUGAUUAUUUGAAUCAGGUGUGUUGCUCCUGGGAGAGCUGGAAAACAGGCAGGACAGUAGCACUCCAGGCCCGUGGAUGGAGACCCCUGAUUUAGAGUGUUCAAUCAGCCUGCCAUGCACGUUUUUGGAAUGUGGGAGGAAACCGAAGUACCCGGUAAAAACACACGCAGGCAUGGGGGGAACAUGCAAACUCCACACAGGGAGGCCAGAGCUGGAAUUGAACCAGUGCGAGGUUGACGCGCUAACCACUGUAUUAAGGUUUUUAAUAUUAAUAUAUUAAUCAUUAAGAUUGUCAAGAAAUGUUAUCAAGAAACUAAUAGCUAUUGAUAGAUUAUAAAUUUACUAGCCUGAUUUUAAGCUGUACGACGUGUGUUUUUAUGUGAAGAGGGCAAACACGAUGCAUUCAUUGACCUCAGAUAUUUUGUAUUAGAAACAAUUUACCGACAGGUUGUUUGUGUUGUGUUGUCCGAGAGUGUAUUAAGCCAUUGCUUAAUUUAACAAAGCAGCAGUCAGGGUACCUCAAACUAGCAAGGGUACCUCAAACUAGAAAGUGUGUGGCUCCUCAAGAAUAUGACUCCCGAUUUUUACCCUUGCUGAGGAGCGUCCAAACCGCUAGUCAAGUAGCACGUCAAACUAAGUGGAUCACUUAGUUUCUGACCAUGUUUUAGGUUUACCAGCAAUAAGACAUGCUAGAUUUUGGCGUCAUCUCCUUCUUGCAACUUCCAACAACUACUCUGUCCUCGCAUAGAGACAAACAUUUUCUUUUCCCCACCCAUGUCCUACAUUUCUAGUUUUUCAUUUUUUUUCCGGGGUCGGCGGGAAGACUCUUUUUUUGCUUUUGUAAGCAGAGAAGGAUCGAUUUUUGCUGUGCAGACUUCGGCUCCUCAACUUCUCUACUGCCUUUGCUCCCAAAUCUCCAGACGACUAAACGUAUGUAUGGACUCAUGCACCAUUAGCACCCUUCUCCUUGAGAGGCUUUCCUUGGUACAAAGACGGCCCAUCAGCUAGAGCAGAAUGGUUUGAUAGCUGUAGAUGUGGCAGACACAACAGAAAGUGUCAGUUGUAACUGACCUACUAGUUCGGUUAGCAUUAGCUCUAAGAUUCUUGCCAAUUGUGCCGAGCAUGUUCAAAUAAGAUAAGAUAAGAUAAGAUAAGAAAACCUUUAUCAGUCUCGCAAUGGAGAAAUUCCCGAUUCACAGCAGCAAAGUUAUGAAAGGAAGAAGUAGAACAACAAAAUAUAGGAGCUGCUGGAAAGGCAGCCACUCUCGCGGCACCAUUUUAAAGUCAAAAUAACAAAAAUAACACAACACAACACAUAGGACACAAACAGUCGUGCAAUCUUCACCACUUUUCUGCAUACACUUUGUUGUCUGAAUCAGUUAUACUGUAGAUGGAAAAGGAGAGGAUCAAAGUGUCCUUAUGCAGAGAUUUAGCCCCUGAGCUAGUCUCACCUCACUCCGGUCUCCUGGCUCCCACACCUUAGCUACAGGACACUCGAGCUCUCAUCAUAUUUAAACCCUUGCCUAUGAAACGCAAUGAUUGGACUAACUAGUCAGCAAAUUAUUCUCGCUUAAUAAGUAGCUGGCAAUUUUCGUAGUAAGCAGGGAUUGCGGUUGGUAGGUAAUGGCGCCUGCUUUUGGGUAGACUUGGCCUGCUGAGGUUGGACAACUUUCAUCCAUCACACUUUUUAGAAAUAUAGACUCUUGUUAGAUGCUUCCAUGACAGCACACAUUAGAGCAGGCUGGGUUACAGCAGAUUUGUGAGAUUGUAAAAACGGGUGUGGAGCGGCGAAGAUUUGCAAGUGUGUGCCCACACAGUGAGGUUUUUUUUUUUUUUUUUUGGACGGAAUCACAGGUUCGAGCCCCAAGUUAGGUGGUCAUCGCAAGAUCAAAAACGUCACCAACUGCACAUAGAGAACCACCCAUAGAGAUAUUAAAUUCGAAUGAAAAAUCUCUAAUGUUGAAUGGGGGUACAUGGAAACAGUUAGCAUGAGGCAGCAUGGCUCAAUGGUAGAGUGGUUGGGGGUUCAAUCACCAGCCAUGUUGACCAUGUUGUAGUGUCAUUGAGCAAGAUGCUGAACCCCCUGUUGCUCCUGAUGCUGCGUCAAUCAGUAUUUCUUUAAUGUAUUCAGAACCCAAACCAUUCCGUAUUUUAAGACCAUUAUCAGAAUGUCACCAGUCAUUCAACAGCUAAGUGGGAGCCAGGAAAAAGCCUUUAGGACUGGAGUAAUAUAUUCUAACAUUUUGGUCGUGGUCAGAAAACAAACUGCAAAAUUCUGAAUGAGGUGCAGUUGUUUGAUGCUCUUUUGAUGGAAUCCGGAAAAAAAGAUUGUUAUAGUAAUCAAGUCUGCUUGCAGCAUGCAAAGGUUGUUUUAGUGAUUGAUUUUAUACGAUUGCUUCAAGUCAGGUCUGAGUCUAUCAGCACCCCAAAGAUUCUAGACUUGGUCUUUGGUUUCUAAAGGCAGUGAUUCCAGGUGUUUUCUAACAGUAAUUCUCUUUUCUUUAUUACCAAAAACAAUCACCUCUGUUUUGUUUAGAUGCUUCUCAGCCAUUUUGAUAGCCACAUGAUUUGGCUGAAGCACUUACCCCCUUGUCGGGAGGCCUGCUCAUGAAUAUCUCUAGGAUUCAGAGAUUGCUUUUUUUGUAGAAAGCUUAACAAAGUUAUUUCUUCAGUACCUCUGACUGUUUUAUCAACAUAUCAGAUGCUACUGUGUGAAUUAUAACUGUUCUGACACUUGGAUGCUCAGUAGUGAUCUCAGCUUAAGAAAUAUCAGAAACUAUGUCAUGAGCAAAACACAGAACCUUUGAGUGUUUUCUGCUACAUAGAUGUUUGACGGCAAAUAAGGCUUUGUAGCCGAUUAGUGUUUGUUGCUCAGUAACUGCUUCCAUUUGCUGAGAGGCUCCACCUUCAUACCUUGCAUUGGUACUGUGAUCAACCAAAGCUUGUUGGUCAGAUGACAGUCAAGCGAACCUGUUUCUCAGUUCAAAACAUGUGCAUUGUUUUUGUUAUCCAUAAGAUGAUUUCCUUUUUCUUGUUGGUGCCAAAGUCUAAAGCUGAUUUCUUGGUGGCGCGACCUCUUGCGUGAGCUGAUGAGGGGGCAAGGUGAUGAUGACCUAAGUGGAUGUCGCUGUACAGGUUCUGCUCCAAAUGAUCUGGAAAAUAUCUGCACCAACUGAUCUUGACAGGAUCUGAGCUGGACCAUCCAGUUGGAGACGCUGCUGUGGAGAUUUCUUCAUUGAACAAUCGGCAUGGGAUUUGAAGAGGACCCGCAUCUCCGAAGGCAUCUUCCUGCAGUGUUUUAUCUUAUGAAACAGAGUCUUACAUUUUUUGUAACUACCCUAUAAAGCACCAUAUUGUGUUAAAUGUUACUCACUCUGCAUCCACGGCAGGGUAGUUAUUUUGAAAGUGGGAUUCCCCCAUCGCUGGCCUCUUCAAGGUUUCUCAUUUUUCCCCUGAGUGUAUUUUUUUAUGUUUUUCCUUGCACUCCUCGGGGCCAAGAUUAGGGGAUGUCAAUACUGUAUUUGUCAAAUGUAGGCACAUGAAGUCCAUUGAGAUUUUUCUGUGAUUACGGCUAUAUAAAUAAAUUUUACUUGACUAUUAUAUGGACUCUUGUGAUGUUGAAGUUAACAAUGUAUAGCACCACAUAAUAUGUUAAAUUUCAUCUUGCUCAGUAGACUCUUACAUUUUUCUAACUAACAUUGUGCAAAACCAUUUUGGAUUACAUGUUGCCUAAUCAACAUUGAUUGCAACCUGGCCAUCUCUGGGCCCUUCUCAAGGGCACUCCCUUUUUCCCCAUAUGAGGUUUAUGAGCUUUUCAUUGCCCUCUUGGGGUGGGGGGUAGAGUGGGUGGAGGUACAGUAAUCCCUUGUUUAUCGCGGUUAAUGGGGACCAUAACCACCCGCGAUAAACGAAAAUCCGCCAAGUUGUGACCAAUUAACAUAUACAGUUUUUUUUUUUUUUAAAGUCCGCAAACAGUCCGGGAGAAGCUGCAAAACAACAGCGAGUCACAUAGAGCAACAUAUACAGUACUGUACUCCAUUUGGGAUUUUUUUUUUUAAUGAAUAUGUUAGAAAAAAUCUGCGAUGAACCGAAUCCGCGAUAAACGGACCGCGAAAUAGCGUGGGAUCACUGUUGAUCAGGGAAUGUGAUCAAUAUGUGUUUACUGUGACUCUUUUCUUGUUAAGGGUUAUAUAAAUACUGUAUUUUCUGCACUGUAAGGCACUUCAGAUAAUAAAGCACAGCUUCAAUGAAUGGCCUGUUUUAAAACUGUUUUUAUGUAUAGGGUACACUGCAUUAUGAAGUGCAUUGAAUAGAAGCUGAAAUAGUGGCUGUGGUUCCGCUAUGGAUCCAUUAUAAUAUCAGGGGUGCCCAAACUUUUCGGAUCGUAGAUCUACUUUUCGAUCAACUAACCUCCUGGGAUCUACCCUUACCGGCACGCGCACGCGCGCACACACACACACACACACACACACACACACACACACACACACACACACACACACACACACACACACACACACACACACACACACACGCACUCAC